CGAACUACGAAUGCUACGAUCGAUCGGCGCUCGCCGCUGCGACUUUACCUUAUCUAUCGGUCAAACAGUCCACAAGACACUCACCUCGACGACGAAGCUCUCCCUGCACCGCCACCCGAUAAUGUUAAUGACCCAAGAUAUGUAUGUACAGUGCGCUACAAACAGAUGCAUUUUUCGAGUCGUCGUCAAGGGCAGAACGAAUACCAGUUUACCGUUUGUUUUUCACGCUUGAUAAUGAUUCGGCCUAUUAUUGUAUCAAGCAUUAUUGAUCAACGCAAGACGUCGAAUCUUUCAAAGUGCUCUCUUAUUUGUAGCAUUUAAAAUGUGAAUAUUCGCUUGAGUAUCUACCGAUGAUACAUUUUUCAAUCGGUACUGCGGUACGUGAAAAGUGAAAUACUCAUUUUUUUCGAACGUAUUAGGUUUAAUACCGAGUACACCUUUUCGAUUAUCUUCGUAUUUCAUUGCCUAAUCUCAUGCAAACCUCGCGUUGAUUUAUUCAUCAUCACGAUUAGUUUGCUGCUCUCAAAAAUAUUUACCCGAUGUAUUUGGUCAAUUUUAACGCAAAUUGCUGCAUAAGCUGCAACUUACCUACUGACUUCAAAUUUUAAAUCUAGAACCGUACGCGGCUUUCGUUGCCUUAAUGAAAAAACAUCAAUCAACGUGACACAAGUUUAAGACCGUGUCUUAUCUCACAGAUGUACAUCUUAUUCAUUCUCCUUUUUCUCAAUUUUAGUCUAGCAGAAGUAAAAACAUACUUGCCCUCCGCAUAACCUAGUUCAAGCGCUCAUACACUGUUUUUUAUUUCAAAUCAUUCUACAAAUGAUUAUUUAAAUCAUUCUACAAAUGAUUUACAAAUAAUCGAUUUAUACAUAAGAUUAAUAAAUUUUCACGUGUAAUCAUGCCAUUUCGUUACGAGUUGUUAGGAUUGUACAAAAAUCUCAUGCGUUAUAGUCAAAAUUUAAAAUAUACAGACAAAAAGUAUUUCGUGCAUAGAGUUAGAAAAGCUUUUUUAAACAACAGAACUUUGACAGAACAAACUGAAGUAGACUUUCACUAUCAGAAAGGACUGAUGCUUCUGAAACAUAAAAGAGUGAUUUAAAAAUGUUCUCUAUUAUUCAAAGACUCUUAAUGCAGCCCAUUUCAACUGAUUU